AUGCGGAACUCCUUCUCCAUAGCGGAGGGGGACGGCACCAUGGUGUACAGGCACCUCGGCCUGUGCACUGCCAUGUGGGCAGCAUCAUAUUGGGGGCCAGAGCCAAUGGUGCAAAAGGAAGAGAUUGGCCUCAGCAUUUGCCAUCGCGAGAGCACAAAACUGCAGAUAGGCGAUGCGGUACAUCUUCGAGUGUUGGUUCUUCCACACCCGAAACCCGUUGUGGGUUUAAUGCAAAUGGAGGUCUCAACAUACGUCAAGCCAAUGGAGCGCAUCUGUCUUAAAGAUGAAAUCCUUGAGGCAGACAUCCGCGAGGCCUUCACAGGGCAGUACUUCUCUGUGGGGCAGUCUGUAGCCCGGCGCCAUGGAAAGGAGACAUUGAAGCUAACUGUGGUGCAGAUGGUCCCGGUAGAGCCAGCGGGCGACAAACGCGCAGUGCCCGUGAGUCCGUUUGCGGAGUUGACCAAUCAGACGGAGUUGUUGUUUUCGAGCGAGUCUGAUUCUCGGGUGUACGUACAGUCGCGGAAGGUGCUGCCAUCGCCUUUGGUUUCUGCGGAUUUCUCUUUCCAAAAGUUGGGCAUAGGGGGUUUAGAUAAGCAGUUUGCGGAGAUCUUUAGGCGUGCAUUCUCUAGCCGUGUGUUCCCUCCGCAUUUAGUAGAGGAGUUGGGGCUGAAGCACGUUAAGGGGCUUUUGCUGUACGGGCCUCCGGGCACAGGGAAGACGUUGAUAGCGCGGCAAAUAGGAAAAGCACUUAAAGCGAGAGAACCCAAAGUGGUGAAUGGCCCCGAAAUCCUGAAUAAGUACGUGGGACAGUCGGAAGAGAAUGUGCGGGCAUUAUUCAAGGAAGCAGAAGAAGAAGAAAGGAAACGAGGCCUUGACUCUGGACUUCACAUAAUUAUAUUUGAUGAACUAGACGCAAUUUGCAAACAAAGAGGAGCCAACCCAGGGGGGGCGGGGGUGACAGACUCGGUAGUGAAUCAGCUGCUCUCCAAGAUCGAUGGCGUGAACGCCCUAAACAACAUUUUGUUGAUUGGAAUGACGAACAGACUCGAUCUAAUAGAUGAAGCCUUGCUGAGACCAGGGCGGUUCGAGGUGCUAAUAGAAAUAGGUUUGCCGGAUGAGAAAGGGAGGCUGCAGAUCCUCACCAUUCAUACGCAGGCGAUGCAACAGGCGCAGCGACUCGACCCUUCUGUGGAUUUGGCUGUGCUGGCAGAGAUAACGCGAAACUUUUCUGGGGCGGAGUUAGAGGGGCUGGUGCGUUCUGCUGCUUCUUUUGCCUUUCAACGCUCAGUCGACAUGAAGGAUUUGUCGCGAGCAGCAGACGCCUCUGCGAUCCGCAUCACUAUGCAAGACUUUGAAGCUGCUCUUGAAGAGGUUAAGCCUGCGUUCGGUUCGCACGAAGAAAGCCUUUCUCGCUGCAUGCAGAACGGCAUCAUCUGCUUCAGCAAAGACUGCAUGCGCCUGCAGCAGACCUGCUUGACGUUAGGCGCACAAGCACGAGAUAGCACCCACACCCAGGUGCUCUCUGUGCUUCUGCAGGGGGCACCAGGUAGCGGCAAGACCGCCCUAGCUGCUUCAGUUGCGAAGCUCUUAUCUUUUCCCUUUACGAAACUUGUCUCAGCAGAAAACUGGGUGGGUCUCCCUGAAAACGCCAGAGUCAAUCUACUGCAAAAGACUUUCCAAGAUGCAUACAAAUCCAACCUUUCCCUCGUCCUUCUUGAUGAUCUUGAACGGCUCGUAGACUUCACACCCAUCGGACCCAGGUUUUCCAAUCCGGCUCUACAGGCGUUGUUGGUGUUAGCGAAGAAACAGCCGCCAAGAGAAGGAGCAAAGUUGUUAGUCAUCGGCACCACCUCUGAAGCAGAAUUCAUCAAGGAAGCAGGUAUAGCCAAGGCCUUCAACGUUUGUCUCGACGUCCCCCCUGUAAAAGGCGCAGAAGAGAUCGCCGCCGCAUUAAGAGAACACAGUGCGGACCGCUAUCUCUUUCCAGAAGAAGAAAUUAUGCGGGUGUGCGAGUCCGGGGUGAUAGAAACAAUUCCGAUAAAACAGCUCAUCAUGGUGACGGAGAUGGCGGCAGAGAAGUGCAAGCCAGGCAAGGCCUCAAGACAAACAGCCCUCCAUUAA